UUGAAUUAAAGUAUAGCAUAGAAAUACGGAGUUGUGUUAUACCUGCCUAUACUGGAUGUGUAUUUGCAUCCAGUUACUUUAACUCAGUUUUAUCUUUUUCUAAGUGUUUUUUAAAAUUGUGAUAUUCAAAUAUUUGCAUUGAUUUGGAGCAUUUGAAUUUUUAAAAAAUUUUGUUCACAUGUCAAAUUUUGGCAGAAUAUUGGGAGUUAUCACACUAUAUACGUUUAUAAUUAUAAUGGAGUGUAACUAGUGUUAGAAAUAAGACAAAUAAAUACCUCGGUAAUUUUAAUACGUUUAAGUGUGUAUCCAUUAUUAGGAUAACGCUACGUGUUCUUAACUUCCACUUAGGUGCACGAAUCAACUCCCUGCAGAUCAUUUCGUAAUACGUUAAUGUAUUUUUGUUUAUUAAAGAGUUACGUGUAGAUAAAUUAUUGUAUCGAAAGUUUUCCAUUUUCGUUGUUAAAAUGUCGUACAACCUUUCGAGAUACGAUAUAAGAUUUUUGGACUAUAUGUACAAAAUCGGAAAUGUACUAUCAAUUGUACCUGCUUAUAGUUUCGACAAAUGCGUUUUGAUUGCACCACAUUUAACAAAACUAUAUGCAUAUAUUUUCCUCAUAUUGGAAAUUCUGGGUACAACGUGGAUUAUCUACAUACGACGUUUUAGUUCCGACAUAAGUUUCUUCACUAUAACAUUUAGGCUUCUCGGAACAUGUGACAAUUUAAUCUUGACAGUGUUUAAAAUUUCACUUAUUCUUGGUAUCUGUUGCUUUAAACAACAAUCGUGGUUGAAACUUAACAACAAAUUUCAGUUUAUUGAUAAAGAACUACAUAACCGAGGCAGAAAAGAAUCGCGUCUGCUACAAAAUGUUUACAUACAAUUUUUUCUUUGUAAUUUGAUUUUCUUUUCGAGUGUUGUAUUUACAAUUGUUGUACGUAUACUUGAAAAGGGGUUUUCAACUUUAAAAAUGUUCGUAAUACAUGAAGUUAGUGGCUACUACAAUUUUUACGUUCAUGUUCUAAUUUGGAACAUAGCUCUCGCAUUUCGGGCGAGAUACAAAUGCGUAAAUGAACAAAUUGACAAGAUCCUUUGUACUGCAAGAAAAGAGUAUCCAGUUCAGUUGUUGAAAGAAAUUGAAAAAAUGUCAACACUUCUAGGAGAAAUGGUUGCUUUGUUCAAUGAUAUUUUCGGGUUACCAAUGGUUUUUAUGACAGGAAGAUGCGUUAUAAAGACGCUUGUAGCUCUUAAUUUUUUCACGAGUACGUUACACAUAGAUAAUCCAACAUUGAGGAAUCGUUUAACAAUUUCUAGUAUUGGUCAGUCUGUAGUGCCAUUGGUUUUAAUUGGAAUUUUAAUACUUUGUUGUGACUCCGCAAAAUCUGAAAGUCAGAAAACUGUACUUUUGUGCUAUAAGUUAAGACAAAAAUAUUCUGACCAACCCGAAAUACAAAAAGAAGUGCUAGAACUUGCGCAUGUCAUCGAUAAACAUCGAGCGAUCUUUACGGCUGGUGGUUUCUUUGAAGUAAACAGGUCUGCCCUGUUUGGGAUUUUGGGAACCACUACGACUUACCUGAUUGUUACGAUUCAGUUUAACCAAAGUUUAAAAUAUGUGUAAAAUUGUUAUGUUAUGUAAUGUAGUGCAUGGUGGCUUGUUAGCACUUUUUUAACUGCAUGUGACGCUCUCUCGAGGUAGUGAUAAUUAUCCAAAUGUUAUUUUGUUCUAAUAAUAUUUUUUUGUCUGUAGCUGUUG